CGCUCCCAGUCUUCGUCCGACGUUCGGAUCGUAUCUUCACUGCUUAAAGCUGCUCCGAAAAACACCAUGUUUGAUUCGUUUAAAGUCAACUCGGACAAUUUUGGAAAAUUUCUUCGCAUAAAUAACGUGGAUUAAUUAACUGAGCGCCAAAGUUUCCGCAGGCUUUGAAGUGAAGCCGGGCCCAGGUGUGAACUCCUCUGUUGCUGCUGCACAUACCGACCCAGCGGGACACAAUAAAGGGAGUGUUCAGCUUCACAGGCGACAAACAUGGGGAACCAGUUGACGGAGAUCGCCCCCAGCACCCCGUUCCUCCCCAGCUUCCAGUCAAUGCACGUGGUCGUGAUUGGUUUGGACUCGGCUGGAAAAACGGCCCUUCUGUACAGGCUCAAGCUGUGGGAGUUUGUCGAGACCAUCCCCACUAAGGGGUUCAACAUGGAGCGGAUUAAGGUGAACAUGGGCAGCUCCAAGAGCAGCAACACCACCUUCCAGGUGUGGGACGUCGGUGGCCAGGAGAAGCUCCGGCCCCUGUGGAAGUCGUACACCAGGCGCACGGAUGGACUGGUGUUCGUGGUGGACGCUGCAGAGACAGAGCGCAUGGAGGAGGCCAAGGUGGAGCUGCACAGGAUCAGCCGGUCGGCGGAGAACCAGGGGGUGCCCCUGCUGGUUCUGGCCAACAAACAGGACCUGGAUGGAGCUGCGUCCGUGUCCGAGGUGGAGAAGGCGCUGGCCCUCCACGAGCUGAGCUCGUCCACGUUGCGCCACACGCAGGGCUGCUCCGCGCUGGACGGCCGGGGGCUGCAGCCCGGCCUGGAGAAGCUCUACGAGAUGAUCCUGAAGAGGAAGAAGAUGCUGCGAACCAGCAAGAAGAAGAGAUGAGCGCAAGGGUCUCGGAUGGGAGACGCGACCCUUCAAUUUGUCUGAGGAGGUUUUUGAGUGGAACCGAAGGAAAGCGGGCGAUUGUUCAGACGAGACGAACUUUGGCUGCGAAGCCCGGACUUGGGAGCGAAUCUGUGCUCUGUUUGUUGAGUGGAGGAGGAUAAAGGAGAAACCACGGAACUCUGCUGCACUCACUCCACCUUUUGAAGGAUCCAGUAUUUCUCUCCACUCUGUCGUGCCAACGUCUCACUUGGCCCGAGCCUACGUUUUCAACCUUCUGUCUUAUAAUGAAGCUGUGUUUAGUUGCAUGAAGAUCCAGAGUGGCUGCGUGGACAUGUUAAGCAACUCUUCUAGAUCAAAAGAAGCCGAGUCGCCUGUUAUUGUCAGUGUUAGACGGCCCUGAGGCGGUGACCUUCACACACUGUUACUGAGGCUGCGCAGCCCCACAGGUUUGUUUUCCCCACUGUUCACCAAAUGCCCGUCACACUAUGGUUUGUUCAAGGGUUGGUGGCGUUCAAGCAACAUUUUGUUUUUACACUGUACAUAUUGUUUUGUAAUAUGUCAACAAAUUAAAUAAAUUAUUGCGCAACUUUGGA